AUGGAGGGGCAUGCUGAAAUAGAGAUGCUGGGGACACUGAAGGGGCCCUCCACAGGGGAGGUCAGCGUGCACCUGGUGCCCAGAGACAGCCCAGGUUCCGGCUCUCACCUGCCCGCUGCUGCCUUUAUCAUUCCAGCCAGCUCGGCCACCCUUGGUCUGCCCAGCAGUGCCCUGGAUGUGUCCUGCUUUCCGCGGGAGCAGAUCCAUGUGGGCACCCCGGAGCGAGUGGCUGGCAGCGUACCUGUCACCGCCACCGUUCUGCCACAGUUAAGCGCUGGGCCGGCGGCCAGCCCCAGCACCAGCACAGUGCGGCUCCUGGAGUGGACCGAGGCUGCGGCCCCGCCUUCUAGGAGUGGCCUGCGGUUCCAGAUAAGCGAAUACGCACCGCCGAACAUGGUAGGAGCGGAGCAGCCCCCAAGCCCCGAGCUGCGGCGGGAAGGCGUGGCCGAAUACGAAGAUGGCGAGGCCCUGGCGGGAGGUGGCGAUGCGGGCCCCCAACAACCGGAAGACCUCCCCCAGGACCCUCCAGAAGAUAACCCUCAGGACCCGCCAGAGGAUGAUGAUGGCACCUGCCAAUGCCAGGCGUGUGGGCCUCAGCAAGGCGCUGGUCCAGAUCCUGGUGCCUCCAAUGAUGGCUGCCCCCAGCUGUUCCAGGAGCGGUCAGUCAUAGUGGAGAACUCUUCAGGCCAGAACAACUGCACCAGCGCUUCUGAGCUCCUCAAACCCAUGAAGAAAAGGAAGCACAGGGAAUAUCAGAGCCUAUCUGAGGAGGAGUCGGAGCCGGAGGCCAUGGAGAAGCAAGAAGAAGGAAAGGAUCCAGAGGGACAACCCACCACUAGCACCCCAGAAAGUGAGGAGUGGAACAGCAGCCAGCCUGCCUCAGGGGAGAAGAAGGAAGGCUGGUCGUGGGAAUCCUACCUUGAGGAGCAGGAGGCCAUCACUGCCCCCGUCAGCCUCUUCCAGGACUACCAGGCGGUCACCCAUAACAAGAAUGGCUUCAAACCGGGCAUGAAGUUGGAAGGCAUUGACCCUCAGCACCCAAGCAUGUACUUCAUCCUCACCGUGGCUGAGGUGUGUGGCUACCGCCUACGUCUGCACUUCGAUGGGUAUUCCGAGUGCCACGACUUCUGGAUCAAUGCCAGUUCCCCUGACAUUCAUCCCGCUGGCUGGUUCGAGAAGACGGGGCACAAGCUGCAGCCCCCCAAAGGUUACAAGGAGGAGGAGUUCAGCUGGAGCCAUUACCUGCGCAGCACAAGAACCCAGGCUGCCCCCAAGCACCUGUUUGUGAGCCAGAGCCACAGUCCCCCACCCCUGGGCUUCCAGGUGGGCAUGAAGCUGGAGGCCGUGGACCGCAUGAACCCAUCCCUGAUCUGCGUGGCCAGUGUGACCGACGUGGUGGACAGCCGCUUCCUGGUGCACUUUGACAACUGGGAUGACACUUAUGACUACUGGUGUGAUCCCAGCAGCCCCUACAUCCACCCGGUGGGCUGGUGCCAGAAGCAAGGAAAGCCCCUCACCCCUCCACAAGACUACCCAGACCCUGACAGCUUCUGUUGGGAGAAAUAUCUGGAAGAAACUGGGGCCUCUGCUGUGCCCGCCUGGGCCUUCAAGGUGCGACCCCCGCACAGCUUCCUGGUCAACAUGAAACUGGAGGCCGUGGACCGCAGGAACCCAGCCCUAAUUCGUGUGGCCAGCGUGGAGGAUGUGGAGGACCAUCGGAUAAAGCUCCACUUUGAUGGCUGGAGUCACGCCUAUGACUUCUGGAUCGAUGCCGACCACCCUGACCUCCACCCCGCGGGCUGGUGCUCCAAGACAGGGCAUCCCCUGCAGCCUCCUCUCCGACCCAGAGAACCCAGCUCUGCCUCCCCUGGGGGCUGUCCCCCUCUCAGCUGUCGAAGUCUGCCACAGACCAGGACCUCCAAGUACAGCUUUCACCACCGAAAGUGCCCCACUCCUGGUUGUGAUGGCUCUGGCCACGUCACAGGCAAGUUCACAGCCCACCAUUGCCUCUCGGGCUGCCCACUGGCCGAGAGGAACCAGAGCCGGCUGAAGGCAGAGCUGUCCGACACGGAGGCCUUGGCCCGUAAGAGGAACCUCUCGGGCUUCUCCCUAAGGAAGAAGCCUCGCCAUCACAGCCGGAUCGGACGCCCUCCAAAGUAUCAGAAGAUCCCACAGGAAGAUUUCCCGACACUGACCACUGACGUCAUGCACCAGUCCCUCUUCAUGUCGGCCCUGUCGGCCCACCCCGACCGGUCGCUGUCAGCGUGCUGGGAGCAGCACUGCAGGCUCCUGCCGGGAGUGGCAGGCAUCUCGGCCUCGACAGUCGCCAAGUGGACCAUCAAUGAGGUCUUCGGCUUUGUUCAGACACUGACAGGUUGUGAGGACCAAGCGCGGCUCUUCAAAGAUGAGAUGAUUGACGGCGAGGCCUUCCUUUUGCUGACACAGGCGGACAUUGUGAAGAUCAUGAGUGUCAAGCUGGGCCCAGCCUUGAAGAUCUAUAACGCCAUUCUCAUGUUCAAAAACGCCGAUGACACCUUAAAGUGACUGGCUCAGGGCUGGUCUCUUAAAUAUCUCCCUCUGCAGCUGCUGCUUCCUUCCCGGCUUGAGUUCCUCACACCCCAUCCGUGCCCCUGCCACCCUCUAUCCCUUAUCAGGGGUGGUCCUUCUCUCUGGGCCUGCCUUGUACAAGGUACAGGGAAGCAGAGGAGCCCUGGGGAGGAUGGAGUCCUGGCCCCCGAGUCCUAGAGCUCAUCUGCCAGUGGGCACACCGGUGAGGGUGAGACUGGGCGGGGGGAGCACCACUGAUGGAGAAGUUUGAAGGUGCCCCACCCAUGGCGGCCCCGCAUCUCCAGCGACUUGUUUCAUCACCAAAGGGUCUUUCAGCCGUUAAGAACAGUCUGGUAGAACAGGAGUCCUCCAGUCUGAGGCCCUUUUCUCUUUGGAUCUCUCUGCGCUCUUGCUUCCUUGUUCCCUUUCCUCCUAUCAGGAAGCGACCCUGCCAAAAAUGUAUUUAUUCAAAAAGACACCUCCCCUCUUUCUGUCUGCUGGUUUUGCUGCCCACAUUCUGCUGCCUGGUUUCCUGGGCACGGCCCAGCCAGACCCCGCUGGCUCUUCCCCCUUAGAUGGGUGAGCCCCAGAGAUAUGUCUUCAUAGGAUCCAUUGGGAGGCUUUGGCUGCCUUUCUCUUUUUUGCCUGGAAGUGGGGGAUUCUGAGCCAGAAUGCCUUCUUCAACACGCCCAGUUCUGGACCACUUGGUAUUUUAGUGUCCCAUGCCCCGUCCUGUUUCCAGUAGAGUGGGUGGUUAGAACCUGUUUAACUUCUGUAGCAGAGGUUAAGGUUCCACGAUGUCCCCCCUACACCCCUUCUGUGUCAAGUAUAAAGAGGAGGCACCCUGGCUGGCUAGGUAGCCGAGGCCAGCCCCAGGGUACAUGAGAUAACCUCGGGCCUUGGGCCAGCAGGGCAGUCCGGCAGGCAUGGUGGCUUUCAAAGCUGGGUAGAGCAUCCUUCCUCUGCAGCCAUGGGUCUCAGCCAACGUGUUGCCCGGGGGGUAAGGGCCCUAUGCCUGCCAGGCCUCCCGCCGUGGGGAUGUAGCACUCUGCCUGGCACAUACACCCCAUGGCAUCACAUUCAACCUGUCCCUUAAAUGUCUUGCUCUUGGGGAGUCUUACAAACACCCCUUGAAGCUGGGAGUUGGGAAGAAGGUGAAUUCUAUCUUCGAAGUCUCCAUGUCCCUUAAGCCUCUCUUACCACUCUCCAUCUGUCUUGCACUGCCAGCCGGGUGCCUGCCAGGGCUCUGGGACUUUGACCUUUCUAUCCAAGAGGGGGCCUAGCCUCCACUGAGCCACUGCCAAGCCCGCCUCCCAGCCUACAGGGGCCGGGGCAGAGGCCACGGCAAGGGCCAGCCCCACACGUGGAGGUGAGGCGCCACCGCCAAGCUCCUGUGGAGCCAGGGGCCUUCCCCAGACCCCUGCUGUCCAUCAUGUGAUGUGUAUGUGCGGGUGCGUGUAGGGCACUCUUGGAAGUGUUUGACGGGGUGCAGGUGUGAGGCCCGGUGCUGGGAAAAAUGUCAAGGGCUAUUAUUGUUAAAAUAUGAAGCUUUGUCUUUGGGAAACCCAAAGCUCUGUUGAGUUCCUGCCCCAGUCCAGGAGGGGACCUUCUCUCACAGAGGCAGCUUGGCCAGGGCAGCCAUUCAGCUCCCCCAGCUGAGCUGCCGCAGGGCUGCAGACGGUCCUCAGAGGCCCUACCUUCCUGGAAGGGCUCGGCCAGGCCCUGCCUCGGGCUGGUGGUUGGGUUUACAGAGGCUGCACUGGGGCCCCCUCGGCCAGGAGUAAGGAGGAGCGAGCUGAGCCUCUCUCUCUUGGUUGCUUGGGUGGCAGUACAACCCACCAGCUCCGUGGCCUCGUCUGCUCCUUGUGAAACUGGGGAGAGAUGCUCGUUGACUCUGGUGUGAGAAGACAGCAAGUACACACAGCUGUGCUGUGGGGCCUCUCCGCUUCUAAGGAGCGCAGCUGGGACGGCUGUGCCAUGUGGGCCUGUCCACCACCAUCCCAAUGCUUGUCUACAGGAGAGACAGGGUGGACCAAGGGCCUUGGAGAAAAGGGCCCCCAGGCCUCCGAACUUGGAGACCUCAGCACUGUCUGCGCCAACAUCAAACUCUGGAAAGAAACCAAAUCAUAAAAAAGGGGGAAAGAAAUCUGCCUUCUGUCCACCCCGCUGCCCCUUCACCCCUAUCCCUUCCCCAAAUGAGAUCAUUGCACCUUGACCUGGGCGCGUGUGGUGAGGGGUGAGGGGAGGGAGUUGGCACCGCUGCCCUGUGCCCUCCGCCCUGCUCUCCAGCAGCAGGAACCACAUACCCUUUGGCCCCCAGCAGCCUCUCCCAGCCCUUGCCCAGCCCUGGCCUAGGGCAGUGAGACGCUUUCUGUUUAAUAUAUGAAGCAGGAGAAUGAUCCCAGAGUUCAAAAAUGAAGCCUGUUUGCACUUUCAUUCACAUGCACUUUGGUGGAGUUAAUGUUUUUUGUACUUGCCUCGUGAGAGUGUGUGUGUGUGUGUGCGCGUGUUUGUGUGUGCACGCACAUGUGCCUGUUCUUUAAGAGAAUCCGCUGGUUAAAGAUAAAGUCACUCUUGACUCUUGAGAGAGAAAAAGUAACAAACAAAAUGUGGUGUAUUUUGUCAGUGUAUUGAAACAACAUAAAUAAACCUGAAG